AAAAAUUAAAACGUCAAAAAAAGUAAUCAGUCAAAAUUUCGCGUAUCAUAUCAUCCAAAUUUCCUGCUACACAGAUACACGGCAAUAUGGGAGAUAUACCAAUAGAAUUAACAGUAUGGGAGGGUGACUUUGGUCUACCGUCAAUGUGUUCCGAUUGUAUUUAUAUGAUGCUGUACACCAAAAUCGCCAAUGUUCCCGUAACCUAUAAGUAUCAUAAAAAUCCGUAUUGGGACGUCGGGGAAUCAUUUCCAAUCUUCCAACAUGGCCGGAUAUUCACGACGAACCUUCAACUAAUGCUUGGAUAUCUAAGAAUAAAACGAUACGGCACCGAGUUUGGUCUUAGUAGUAAACAAUGUAGUCAAUCGUACGCUUUUAUGAAUUUGCUGGAGAACACUUUAAAACCAGUUGUAGAGUACGUGUGGUGGGUGAACCGGAAGAACUUUGACGAGUUUACAAGACCUUGGUACACGAAAGCGAUGCCAAUACCUUUUAAUUUCGUUUAUCCAAGACAUCGAAGACGCAAAGCUGAAAAUAUAGUUGCGGCAAUUUGUACAGAAACGGAUUCGUUUGAGUUUAUUCAUUCUUAUAUGUUCAAUACGGCGGAGAAAUGUUUUCAAGCUCUCAAGGUUAGAUUAGGAAAAGCGCCGUAUUUUUAUGGAGGUUCACCCACUUCACUGGAUGCCAUGGUUUACGCGUAUUUAGCCCCAUUAAUUAAAUUGCCAUUUCCUUCCAAUGAUAUUCCACGUCUUCUUCGAACCUACACGGAAUUGGUGGAUUUUGUGAAACGCAUCGAUACCGAGUAUUACCCAGACAUGAAAGCUGAUUCGAAAUUUACAUUGGAAGAUCAAAAAGCAACCGAAGAUCAACCACUUUCAUUUGGAGCCAAAUUGUUCACGUGUAUCUUUGUUGCCAGUGCUAUGCUUAUAUACGCGGUUACCCAUAAGUUAAUUAUAUUACCUAAUUAUCUUUCAAUCGGAGUGUAAAAUUCUUAAAAUUUUCACAUAGCAUUGUAUCGAUUUCGUUGGUUGAUAUUAUGGGGUUUUGCUGUUCCUUUUUUUGAAUUAAUUAAUCGUACAUCGUAAGCAAUCAUGUAUUCGUAACCAAGUUUUCUUAAAUAAAUUGAGGUUGAUAAUGUCGUAA